UCACGAUUUGGAAUCUGACACUGAGAGGAAUAUGGAUAUGAUGAGUGAGAGUGAGUGAGUGAGACAAAUUUUGCUCAACCCGAGGUCAGUGAACUGUGAGAGAUUCUCUUCUCUCCUCCUCCAUUUUCAAAUUUCAAUUUCAUAAAUGCAAAUGCAAAUUUAGUAGUAAUAAAUAAUAACAAGAAUUUCAAUGAAGAGCAACAAGUUGACUAGUAAUUUUGAGAUGAAACAAAGAGUAGUCACUGCUUUGAACAAAGUUGGAGAUCGAGAUACACAUCAAAUUGGAACAAAGGAGCUCGACAUCAUCCUCCACGCUUUAACCCCUCAAUCCAUAUCACCAUUCCUCUCAUGCAUAUUAGACAUUCACUCCCAACAAAAAACCUCCAUCACUAAACAGUGCCUCAAACUCAUGGGAACACUCGCCACCGUUUACGAAUCUCUCAUCCUUCCACAUCUUCCCAAAAUGGUUGCCUCCGUUGUUAAAUGCUUUAGAGAUCCAGAUUCUUCUGUAAGGGAAGCCUGCGUUGAAAUGGUUGCCGCUCUUGCUUUGAAAUUGGGUAAUCAAAAUAAUAAUCAUGAAGAUAAGGUGUUUGUGUUAUUAGCUAGUCCAAUUUUUGAAGCUCUUGUUGGAGAACAAAAUAAGCAUGUUCAAUCUGUUUCUGCUUUUUGUCUUGCCACCAUCAUUCACAACACACACCAACCUCCUCUUCCCCUCUUGCACAACAUAUUGACUAGGAUUCUCAAGUUGCUUAAGAACCCACAUUUUAUGGCUAAACCCGCACUCAUUGAGUUGAACAGGAGCAUUAUUCAGGCCGGAGGAGCUUCUACACAAACUGUUCUGUUAGCUGCUAUUGCCGGUAUUAGAGAUGCCCUAAAAGAUACUGACUGGAAAACGCGCAAAGCAGCUUCUGUAGCUUUGGGACAAAUUGCUUUGACUCGUGCUUCUUUUUUGUCAUCUUUAAGGCCUUCUUGUAUUCAAUCUCUCGACUCAUCUAGGUUUGAUAAGGUCAAACCAGUUAGGGAUGCUGUUUUGCAAGCUCUUAAAUAUUGGAAAAUACUUCCAGGUCAUUAUACUACCGAGCCUUCUGAAACUGGAUCCUCCUUAAAAGAAAAUAUCUGCGGAGGUGACUCGGUCGAUCUCAGUAGUAGUACUACUACUGCUGAAUCCAGACAUAGAGAUCCCAAGCUCCAAAAAGGUAAUAUGAAAUCAACUAUGGGAAGGAUUCCUUUGUCUGUAAGAAAAGCUUGUCAAAAUCCCAAAACAGGUGAUUGGCACGUUGAAGUUGCAGUCCCCAGAACACACUCUGAAGUGGAAUUCCAUAAUGAAGAGUUUGAGAGUAGUUCUGUCACAAUCACAAAGCCACUAGAAACAGUGAGUGCUGAUAUUACAAGCAUGCAGGAUGUGGAUUAUGAUUAUGUGCCUACAGAUGAUAAGCAGGAGUGCUCUUCUGUUUCUAACUAUGAAACCAAGUUUUUAACUUCCCAUGACUGCUUUGUAAACAAUGGACUACAGAAGCCAAUUGUGAGAAGCCAACGGUUCGGUGAAGAAAUAAGUUGUAAUGAACAAAUGUACUCCAUAAAGAUGCAGAUGCAGAAUCCUAAAAGUUCUGAUUCUACAGUCACCGAGUCAUGUCCCCAAAUUACACAUCAAUGUUGUGUACUGAGGGCAAAUGAAAUGACUCGUAUUCAGAAUCAACUUUCAGAUAUUGAAAUCAAACAGUCCAACAUGAUGCAUCAAUUACAGAUUUUUACAACUGGCAUAAUGGAUGCCCUUUCUACAAUCCAAUCAAGAAUGGUAGGUUUGGAGAAUGUUAUUGAUAGAUUAUCUCAAGAAUCUUUAAAAGGAGGAAGACAUUCUUUUUCAGAAAACUCCAAAUUUGUGAGGCAGACCCAAAACGCGGCUUCUCCCAGGAUCUCGAUAUGCACUCCAAAGCCAUCUUCAGAAGCUAGUACUAAGCAAUCAGGCUUGUUUUCGGUGAGAAGUACUGAAAGUUUGGAAAAAAAAUCAUCUUCAAGGAGCCAACCUAGGAUUCAUGCCGGAGAUAGUGUGGAUAUGUGGAAAAGUUACAAGGUAAAGACUGCCCAUAAAUUUACAGAGGAUAAUAUCAACAGCUUAGUGGAGGAUAGACAAAGCAUGAGUUCUGCUCAAGUGAGAAAGAAUGGUAGUAUCUUUUCAUCCGCUGCUAGAACCAAAGCUAGAAAUGGUUGUCCUGAGAGCAACACAAACUACUGGAAAUGUGUGAAUCGUCUUGUAUGUGAAGGGGAUCUAAACUCAGCAUAUAUGGAAGCUUUGUGUUCCGGUAAUGAACUUAUUCUCAUUGAGCUUCUGAAUAAAACUGGUCCAGUUAUAGAAAGUUUAUCGGUGAAAACCGUCAAUGUUCUUCUUAGUACUUUAGCGCCAUAUCUCCUUGAAGGAAAAUUUUUCAAUACCAUAAUCCCGUGGCUGCAGCAGAUUGUUGAAAUGAGCACUGUACAUGGACCAAAUUGCAUUGCUCUUUCUAUUGAAGUCGAGGAGCAGCUUUUAUAUGCAAUUCAAGAGGUUGUGAACUUGAAUAUUUUCAGCCAUGCAGAAAAGAGGCGUGCUGCUGAAUUAGCAAUAAAAUUACAUCAUAUGUGGAUUAAGAUUACUGAAAGUUAAUAAUAUUAGUGUUUUUUGACAUAAAAAACAUGUAUUUAUUUAGCCAUUUUCUGUUGGGACACACAUCUCGUUCCUGAUUGAACUCCAAAAAGCUGGUUUUAGACUUAAAGUUGUAUGUAUUUUGUGAGUAUGUGAACACUGUGUUUGGAGUUUUUUUUUUACAGAAAUGUUUGGUGAAUUCUAAUUGCUAGUAAUUUUGGAAUUCAAUGAUUUUUGAAGCAUCUUUAGCAGGUUUGUAGCCGUGUACCUUAUAAAUAUUAGUGUAUGUUUGGAUUUGGCGACGAGUUUGUCAAAA